AUGGGAAUUUUAAAACCAAGAAAUUAUUUUCAAGUCAUUAUUGUAUUCUGUGUAAUUGUUGGCGCCUAUCUGGUGAUAUCAAACUCCGGGAAUUCGAUAACAAGUCAGGUUGCUGCGGGGAGAAUUUCUCUAGAAAAGUUUUCACUAGAUGCGGGCAAAAUCAAGAAGGAAAAUAAAAAAGAAAAUAAGCAACUAAAUAUGUUGAAUUUACUCAAAACAUAUCGAGAGUACUGCAGUAAGAGCAAAUUGACAAAAACCCUGAAAAAUCGAGCGUCAACUCUCGAAGGUGUCUCAAAAGGAGGAGUGAAGUUUUCAACCUGUGUCACGGCUAAAUCUGCAUCGACGGCGCUUACGCAAAUGUUUCUCGAAAUAACAGGGUUUAUUAAAGACCCAAUUGGUGUCAAAUUUAAUGGAGGGCUCAAACUUAUCCGCCAUUUUACUUUUAUCUGA